AUGUGUGCCACUAUCGAGCCAGCUCGCCGCAGGUGCUUCAGAUAUUUGCUGCUGACGCUGCUUGCCUCCCCAGCUGCACAAGGAGAUUGGCUUGCGGAGAACGACGAAUGCCAGGAUGGCACUUGCGCUCUGCAAGCGCUCCAGCUGUCAGGCAAGAAGAGGUAUGAAGACGGCCCUCAUCCGGCAUUGUGUGACACAGCCAUUGUUGAGGAGACCUGCACGGGAGUCAACAAGCUGACUACCGAGUACUACAACUCCACGACUGACAGAUCCACGCAGGUGGUGCAUGCCGCCGAGCUUUCGGAGCAAAUGAUGGUUUCACGCCGCUCCAUUCGAGAGUUUCUGCAAGGAUUGGGCCUCAAGAACAAAGAGGACGAUCCGAAAGCCCUGGCGAGAAAGGCGUUCGCGGUGGACUGCGUAGAGCUUUGCGCAGCCGUGGUGGACAGCAUUCCCUCUGCUCGCCGGCCACCAACAUCAGAUAUUGCGUGCUACAUCCCACACGGUCAGACGAAAGCCAUCUGCGACAUUGAUGUCUCAGACACAGCGCUCGGAGCCAGCACAAGGAGCACGCUGGAAGACGAUCUGCCGGCAGAGCAGGUCUAUGGCGAGGGAAGCCAGGAGCUGGCAAAGCGAGAUGAAGCCAACACUGACGUGGCCAAGUACAAGGAGCUUCUCGCAAAUCAGAUGGCAACGACUCCUGACGACCUGGCGGUGUUAGAUGCGUUGAACUAUCCGGAAGCCACGGCAGAUGCAAUCAGGGUCGCCAUCGCGAACCUCUUUCGCAUCUACCCGCUGAACAAUAUCCAGGUGUCAUCUGCAUCCAGUGCAACCUCCUUACUGGAGACAGCCAGGGCGAACUGGCAGGACCAAGUCCAGAAGAAUGCCAUCCGGGCGCAAGCGUAUAUGGCAACGGCUACGCGUUCCAUCGCCACUGCCAAGGCAGAUGAUGAGCUGGCGAGAUGGUUUGGGAAAGAUGACGUCCCGACAAAGAAGGAAGUGAGGCGGCUGCUCAACCAGGUGGACCAGCUGCUGUCGAACGUGGAGUAUGUGUACCCGGGCUCACAGUGCACGGAGAACAGAUUUGCCUAUGUCAUCCCGAGCCCACCACACAACAUGAACGAACGUGGACAGUAUUUGUUUUACCUGUGUGACAAGUAUAUGAAUGUGGACUCGGCAGAGCAGGUGGAGACUUUAGUACACGAAGGCUCUCAUCACAGGAUGUCCCUGCGGGACGACGUUUGCCUUGAAGGAUCCGGCUCGGAUUGCCGAGUAGCCUACGGGAGAAUCGCUUGUCAGAGCUUGGCAGCGAAGGAUCCGAAAUCUGCCUUACUCAACGCGGACAACUUCGCCUUCUUCGUGAACGAUGUGCAGCCAAACCCUCAACUGCCGAAAUGCCCGACAACGAAGCGGUGUACGGCGGAUCCCACCUGCGCCUGCGACAAAGGCCUCUACCAGAAAGAGGUCAAGACGACCACUGGCGCAGUUUGUUACCAGUGCUCCAAAGACAAGCCCGUGUCGAACGGCAAGAAGAAGAAAAAGCGUGUGAGUGCAGACGGCCUGUGCGACACCACCAACACCGGCGGGACCUGCAAGCUGUUCCUUUGCAGUCGCACCAGAGGGCCUACGUCCUGCUCGGGUGGCCAGUGCGUUUGCAAUGCCGGGCUUUGCGCCGAGGAUGGGUACUGCAUGCCCCCGCGUGCGGGUGUGCUGGGAAGCGGGCCAGACCCAUCCCAGGAGGGCUGCGAUGUCAACACUGGAGGCAGCUGCAAAUUCUUGUGGUGCUGGCAUGGGCGAGGUCCAACAGUGUGCAAAGACGGGCAGUGUAUCUGCCGGGAGGGGUAUUGCAGUGAGGAUGGCAACUGCAAGCCCCAGCUCGCUUGA